UCUGCAGUUUCAGAUAAGGUGAACUCAAGAAGGUCUGAACAUCAAGCUGACUCAAGUCGACGAGCUGUAGAGAAAUGAGUCUACACACAGUUGUUUUAAUGUGUAUUAUAUACAUCCAUCAAGUGUUCGGAGGUGAGGAGCGUGUCACUGUUUACCUAGGCCAGUCAGCGGUCUUGAAAACUGGAUCGGACAGACCUUGGAACCUCACCAGAGUUCAGUGGUCCAUUUAUAAAAACACAACGUACAUCGCUAGCCUAAGGGACAGAAACGUUACAUUAUUCGACUUUUGGAGGUAUCGGGGUCGACUUGAACUCAACAACAAUACGGGAGAUUUAACGAUCAAGGAUGUGAGGAUGAACGACAGCUUGACAUACACUGUAGACCUGGUCAAUGCGGACGGUACCCGGCCACAACAUAAAGUUCAUCUCACAGUCAAAGAAAGACUAGAAAAACCAAAAAUCCACAAAGUCCUUCAUUCCCUCAGCGACGGACAAUGCCACGUGGCCCUCAAUUGCACUGUGACUGGCCGAAAUGUGAUUUUGUCCUGGACACCUGAUGAAUAUUUCAACGGAUCGUACCUUUCAGGAAACCUGAACUCUGUGAACCCGCUCUCGGUUGUUUUCAUCUCGUUCAGCAGUACUGGAAAUGUGACGUUCAACUGCACUGCGUCCAGUGAAGAGCAGAUGGAGAGCACAGUGAUGACAGUGGGAUGUUCAGAAAACACCCAGAAAUGUGAAGUCUGCGGUCCCUGCGGCACCAGCGGGUUCUGUGUGCUGUGCUAUAUUGUGUUAGUAGCUCUGCUUGUUGCUGCACUUGUAUACACAUAUAGACAUAAAGAACAAAUUAAAGAUUUCUGCAUCAAUGGCCCCGUUCAGUUCAUCCAGAAUCUAUGGUAACGUCUGAGUUUACAGUUAUAUUGUUUAUUUAUCAGUGGAGUGCAGAGCUUCUGUGGUAUUUCUGGUAAAAAAAGGGAGAAAACGUCUCAGCAGCAAAGAAAAAGAGGAAGACGAACACUGGAGCAGACCCCGGUUGAACCAAGUCAUGAAGACGCUGUGCUCAGCUGCAUAUUACUGCAAGUGUGAGGGAAAGCUAGUGUCUCUACCCAAAGAUGAAACUGUGAAGAGUCAGUGGUUGAGGUUUAUUUUUGCAAAAAUACCUCAGCAUUAUCGAACCACCCUUGUGCUGUGUUCGCUGGAAUCUACACACUUACAAUGAGAGAUUCGUCGGCCGUUUGUUAAAGGAAGGAUCAGAAAAGACUAUUGAUGUACUGUAUGGGACUUUGUCAGCGCUUGACAGGAACUUUACAGUACACAGUUCAUGGAUCAGUUUCUUCCUCCUGGGAGUGGGGGAUGGAUGAAAUUACGUGAGUUUUCCACGAUAAAUAACAAAACAGGAGGAUGGCAGGAGGCUCACACAUACACUCUGCACUCUGACUACUUCAAUAUUGUUGAUAGGCCGUGGUGGGCAUUUCGCUCUGUCUUUUUUAAUGUGUAAUAGGGGCUCUUUAAAUUGUGUGUUUUGUGUACGUUAUAACAACUUUAAAGGGACAGUUCACCCAAAAAUUUACAUUAUGUCGUCCUUUACUCACUCUCUGGUUGUUCCAGACCCGUAUAAGUUGUAAAUUGAGAUAUCUCAAGAAUGCCAAUAACCAUAGAAAUCUCACCACCCAUUUACUCACAUCAAUAAGUGUGUAUUUUCUUUACUAGACAUAUGGCGAUAUUCAAUUUUGAUGAUGACAAUGUACAUUCACAGUAUUGAUGUCAUGAGCACUUCAAAAUAUGUGAAUAAUUCUUUAUCAUUUAAACUUUUAAAGCGGGCAACGUGGUGGCGCAGUAGGUAGUGCUGUCACCUCACAGCUAGAAGGUCGCUGGUUCAAGCCUCGGCUGGGCCAGUUGGCGUUUCUGUGAGAAGUUUGCUUGUUCUCCCCGCGUUCGUGUGGGUUUGCUCCAGUUUCCCCCACAGUCCAAAUAUAUGUGGUACAGGUGAAUUGGGUAAGCUAAAUUGUCCGUAGUGUAUGAGUGUGAAUGAGUGUGUCUGGAUGUUUCCCAGAGAUGGGUUGCAGCUGGAAGGGCAUCCCCUGCGUAAAACAUAUGCUGGAUAAGUUGGCGGUUCAUUCCGCUGUGGCAACCCCAGAUUAAUAAAGGGACUAAGCCGAAAAGAAAAUGAAUGAAUGGGCCUGUUUUUCAAAGCGCAUAUUCAGAUUGUUGUAUAAUGUUUAAUACUUACAUAAUCACUUACUCCCAGGGCCAUUUCAUAUCAAAGAUGAUAUUUAGCCGCACCAUAUUGGUGUUUCACAACAUCUAUUUAUUUUAUUUUAUUUUUUUAUGAGGUGGGUUGCUCAACGCUCAACCUCCCACCUGGAGGACCAGGACAUGCACUCAUCCACUAUGGCCAAUUUAGCUUACCCAGUUCAUCUAUAGUGCAUGUGUUUGGGCUAUGGGGGAAACCUGAGCACCCAGAGGAAACCCACACCAACAUGGGGAGAACAUGCAAACUCCACACGGAAACGCCAACUGGCCCGGCCAGAGCUCAAACCAGCGACCGUCUUAAUGUGAGGCGACUGCGCUACCCACUGCACCACCGCGUAAAUGUGUCGCCUCGCAUAAUUUCAAACAUUACCAUUUCCACUUAAUUGUUUUUAUAUUUCAGAAUUUACUGGUAUUUUUUUUAACUAUGUAUAGUGUCUAUUUGUUAACAUCAAUUAUAACACGGAGGGCGGCGUGGGGGUGCAGUGGGUAGCGCUGUCGCCUCACAGCAAGAAGGACGCUGGUUCGAGGGUCUGGGUCAGUUGGCAUUUAUUCUUAUUAAUACAUGGAUAUUUGCCACAAAAAUUAGACACAAAUUAAUGUUCUGAGUAAUAGUAAUAUUAGUAAUAGUUUAUUUUGGAUUUAGUUUAAGGCAAAGCUGACAAGCUAAAACAGCUGAUGGAGUAUACACUAACCUGUGCAUUAUUCAGCCACAAGAUGGCGCCAAACGGUCAAAAACACAAAGCUGACAAAAAACUAAACCGAGUGAAUAAAGCAUAAGGUACACUAACCUGUGCAUUAUUCAUUCACAACACGGCACCAAAACGGCAAUAAACAGUGGUGUGACAGACAAGCAUUAAUGUGGAUGUAAGUAUGAAUGUAUUCACUAGCCGCAUUUCCACUAUCGGGCCAGUGCGAGCCAGGGCUUUAAUCGGGCCAGGCCGGGCCAAUAGCCCGGGAGGUUGAGAAAUGAGGCCGAAAUCAUGUCGCGUUUCCACUGUCGGGCUAGUUGCUCGCAGCGCGUCACGCAAACACCGCCCCCAGAACGUCCCCCGAAUCAAACGUCACACAACCCGCCCACUUCAGCGGGAACAAAAAAACUCAAAUUAUAACCACAAACACAACCUGGCAUCACUACAAGAGCUGGAAGAUGGAGAACACCGAAGCGAUUGCUUUUUUACUGUUUGUGGUCUGUUGGUGUAAGGCCAGACAGCGAUCCCUGGAUAAGGACAUUCGAGUUCGUCUGCUAUCCAUUUUUUCUUCUUCUUAGUGAGUUGAUCAAGCGCGAUAGCAAAACAAAUGUAAGGGAAGAAAGCAUCUUGUCUCCUCCUUACCUGACAGGAAAACUCCGCCUUUGUUCGUAACCCCGCCCCGAAGCCCCAGUUGGCCCUCCUUGGCCCAAGGUAUUCGGCGGGCCAAAAAAGGCCGGACGCUGGCCCCAAGGAAGCCCCGCUUUGGCCCGAUUACACCCCGGAAGUGAUAGUGGAAACGCGACUGGCCUUGGCUCGCUCGCUUUAGGCGCGAUAGUGGAAACGCGGCUACUGAUGGUCAAGUUGAUUUCAAGUUCCCAGAUGAGUCUGUGUUAUUUAGCAGGUGUUAUCCCAGAAUAACAUAUCUUCGAAUGUCGCAACUGACCAAUCAGAAUCAAGUAUUCCAGUCAGCCUGGCAAUAAGGGAUUACAAACAUCUAGGGUGGUUGAUUUCACACGGUAAAGCCUGUUUAUUACUGAAAUUCUGAUAUCUUCCUUUGUGUUCAGCUCAACAACAAAGCUGAAAUGGGUUUGGAGCAACCUGAGAGUGAGUAAAUGAUGACAAAAUGUUCACUUUUGGGUGAACUAUCCCUUUAAUUGAAAGUUUAACUCCAGCCCAGGAUCUGAAAGCUUGUACUUGAGUUAACAAAAUAAAGAAUUACUGUGGUACUGAUGAUUUUUUUUACCUCAAUAAA